GCGUGUACGCCUGUAUGGCCAUUUGGAAGUGCUCGGCCGUGUUCUGCUGCGGCCGCAGCAGGAUGACGAAGGCCCGCGGCACGAAGUACCCGCCCAGCAGCGCCCCGAGCGUGCCCAGCGCCCCGAGCACCUUCGCCGCCGCCUCGGCCCGGCCGCGCAGCGCGCCCUGCGAGCAGAGCACGGCGGCCGAGAAGCCCAGGUGCAGCAGCAGGCUCACUGUCAGGCCCUUGGCCUCGUUGUAGCCGGCGGGCAGGUCCGUGCCCGCGUAGCUGAGCGCGAAGCAGCCCACGCUGAGCAGCACCGUGUAGGCGGUGGCUGCGCCGGCCGCGGCGCUCUGGGCGCACUCCAGCAUCACCCGGUCGGGCUGCGCGCCGUAGUCCCGGAGCGGCACCGAGGGGCCGGUGACCUCGGCGGCCAAGCACAGCAUGGCCUGCGCCGCCGUGCUGCCGGCCACAAACAGCAGCGGGCCCUGGCGCCGCAGCCAGGCCUCGUAGAGCGCUGGGCAGCGCGCGUUCAGCUUGAAGAUGCAGAGGAUCUGGAAGGAGCGGGUCGCCACGCACGAGAGAAACACGGUGAAGCUGACGGCAAAGAGUGGCACCCGCAGCAGGCACGCCAGCCGUGUGGGCUCCCCGAAGUAGCAGAAGAGGCUGCUGCAGGUGCAGGCCAGGGACCCCAGCAUGACGAAGCACAUCUUCCCACCCGCAGACUUGACCACGGGUGUGGAGGCAUUGAGGGCAAAGAGGAUAGCCAGUGCCACCAUGAGCAGCAUGAGGAGCGCAGCCAGGGUCAGCAGCACCCAGGAGAGGGGCUCGGACCAGGACAGGAACUCGACAGUACGGAUGAAACAGGCCUCGCUCCCUGCCGGGGCCCACUCGUCCAACCUGCAGUGCUGGCAGCCGUAGGGGUCUGCAGAGGACAUGGGCACCUUGCAUACCUUGGACCCGAGGCGCGGGUGAAGGUGAUGGCGCGGUUCUCGUCCGAUUGCGCCGUGGUGCUCCUGGAGCACCUGGACACGCCGGUGACGCGGUUCCUGCUGAGCCACCCGCCGCUGUCGCGGCUCUUCGAGCCCCAGAAAAAGGAGGAAUCCAGCUUCACGCCGGAGGACGCGGUCCUGGCGUCCGUGGGCAUCGUGAAGUGCAGCCCCGACCGCGGGCUGCUGGUGUCGGAGAGCACGUACCUGGCACUGGAGGAACUUAUCCAGGCCUGCUGUGCGGAAGAUGAAGGUAUCCCUGUGGUGCUGGUAUGUGGCCCAAAAAACACUGGAAAAUCGACAUUCAACAGAUACCUAAUUAACCUGUUACUGAAUCGCCUUCCUGCAGUCGAGUACAUGGAGUGUGACAUAGGCCAGCCAGAAUUCACACCGCCCGGGUGCGUGUCCCUGAGCAGCGUCACGGAGCCCGUGCUGGGUCCCCCCUUCACUCACCAGCAGACGCCCCGUAAGAUGGUGUAUUAUGGGCAGACCAGCUGUGAGCAAGACACGGAGAGGUACCUUGAUGUCAUGAAGUACGUGUUCAGCUGCUACAAGAAGGAAGUGCCUCUAAUUAUCAACACCAUGGGCUGGGUGAAAGGCGAGGGGCUGCUGCUGCUCAUCGAUAUCAUCCGGCUGCUGUCGCCCAGCCACGUUGUUCAGAUGGACGUGUGCGACUGGAAGGCAAUGGCCCCGCUCACCCCCGAGCACGUCCACCUCCAGGCCGGGCUGCACACCAAGGGCAAGCAGCAGCCUAAGUGCAAGCAGCUGGAUGUGGGUGCUGCAGAGAGCUGGAAGUGCUCCGAAGGGGAGGAUGCGUCAGUUCCACAGUACAAGUUGCUCUAUGUCCAUCCAGAAUUCCCUCGGGCAGGAGUGGCAGGUGAAGCGCGAGUGCACAGCGGCAUCCUGCGUGACAUGUCCAUCCUGGGAUACCUGGGGCACCUGCAGUACCCGGACAUCGGGGCGGUGCUCCCGCUGCACAGCCUGGUGCCGUAUCAGGUACCUUUCAGUGCUGUUGCGCUCAGGGUUAUUCACACAGAUGUUGCUCCCACCAACAUCAUGUAUGCAGUGAACGCCAGCUGGGUUGGGCUCUGCUGCAUUCCGGAUGAAGUCAGGUGCCAGACCGACGGACCGGUCCUGCUGACACAGACACCAGUCUGCGACUGCCUGGGCUUUGGAAUUGUUCGAGGAGUUGAUAUGGAGAAGAAGCUUUACCAUAUCCUGACACCGGUGCCUCCAGAGAACCUGAGACUAGUGAAUUGUCUCCUCCUUGGGAACAUUGCUAUCCCUAACUGCGUGCUUGUGGGCCAGCAAGGAAUUGAGGGAGAGAUCCCGUAUGUCACGUCCGAUUACAACUACAGCAUCCUGGGCGCUGGGAAGCUGAGGAAAAAGAAGCAUUUCAAGAGGAAGGAUUUCACCUUCGAGUGUGAUUACACCUGAAUCUUUGGAGCCCUUGGGCCAAAUGUUGUUUGUGUGGACUGGGUAGAGAGCCCAGUGUGGUCACGGGAGCCCUGGGUGCUGCAGAGGCCCUGGGCAGGUGGCCGGGUAGAUGCCACAGCAGGUCUGGCUUUAAUAAUGUUUUGUAUGUUCGGUUUGUAUUUCAGCGUUUUGUAAUAAAUAUCUACGGAAAGCA